CUUCGUCGGACACUAAUGAAGAAACUCAAGCGUAUUCAGAACGAACUCUCGCUAUCAUAAAGCCGGAGGCUCAUGAAAAUGCUGAAGACAUUGAGAAUCACAUUCGUGAUAAUGGUUUUGCAGUACUCGCUGUGAGUCAAAAAUUAUAUUGCCAAUACACAGACAAGAAAAAGCCACAGAAGUAGGUAACUUUAGAUGUCGCGUCGUGAAGUUCGUCUCACACCAGAGCAGGCCGCUGAAUUAUACAAAACCCACUAUGGAAGAACCCAUUUUCCACACCUCGUGACCCACAUGUCAAGCGGGCCUAUCAUAGCCUUGGUAUUGGCUGCAAAUAAUUGUAUUCAGAAGUGGCGCACAUUGAUGGGACCUGCCAGGGUGGUGGAGGCUCAGGCGUACUGGCCCGAGAGUCUCCGGGCCUGCUACGGACGCCGAACUAAGUACGGUGACUAUUUCAAUGGUCUCCACGGCAGUGAGAACCUCCCCGAUGCAGUGCGGGAGAUACACUUCUUCUUUCCGAAUAUGAUCGUGGGUCCAAUUCUGCGCAAAUGGCAAGCCAGCGACUACAUCCAGCGUCACUUGACGCCGGUUCUCCUGACCGGACUCACCGGGCUGGCGCAGGAACGUCCGAGUGAACCGAUACUGUGGCUGGCUGAGUAUCUCCGAGCCCACAACCCUAACGAGCCGGAGUUGGCACCACAAUCUCGCGAGUUGCCGCCAGAAGCCAAGUGUCGCACCCCAGUGCCUUCUGAGGAGUCCGUUAAAUAAUAUAUAAAUUGAAAAUUUA